GCAGCGUGCGCUGUGCACUGAGCCACGUUCGCCCGACUCAGACUCGUUCCGAGGUCGGGCGGCUAGCUCUGCUCUUGACCACCAGCACCGUAGUGCAAGAUGCAAGUGUCGCGGCUGCUACUCGCUCUCGGCAGCGCGGCAGCUGUCUGCGGCGCACCAUUGGCGACCUCACUGCAGCAGCCGUGGCGAGGCGCGGACAAGGUCGAUCUGCGGCCCUCGCCGCACCUGCCGCUGCUGAGCUUCCGUCCGGACGGCACCUUCAAGCUCGCGAUCGUGACGGACACGCAUCUUCUGGACAACCAGCUUGCGCCAGGAAACGAGUCGGAGGUCAAUGGCGCCACAAUCGAGGAGGUGCAGCGGUACCUGGAGCGCGAGCGGCCAGACUUCGCGGUCCAUAACGGCGACGUGAUCUCUGGCGAAGCGGCGAACAACACCAAGAACGUAGAGGACGCCAUUGCGCAGCUCUUCUCGCCCUUCGUGCGCGCUCGCGUCCCUUUCGCUGUCUCGCAUGGGAAUCACGACAAUGAUCGCUACUCGACUCACGCUUCGCUGGCGCGCCUGGAGCGGGCCGUAGCUCCCCAGCUCUGCUAUUCUCGCCCUGCCCCGCCAGGGAUUGGCGGCGGACGCUUCGGCGAUGAGGUCGGCAGCGACAACUUCUGGAUCCCCAUUCAUGCAUCUCGCAAGGCAAUUCGCGGCAGCAGACCGGCGCUGCUGCUCUGGUUCCUCGACUCUCGCUCCGGACACACGACGCUCGAGCGCGGCUACCAGCCGAUCGACUCCUGGGUCGACCCGGCGGUGGCGAUUUGGCUGAAUGCCACAGCUUCAGCGAUGCAGCGGGCCUGGGGCACCUUGCCGCCGUCGGUCAUCUUCACGCACAUCCCGAAUCGCUACCACCUUGUCGCGCAGUCUAAGGCGCCCUUCAGGGCCAAGCUCGGCGGCGUGACAGACGAGCGACCUGAGCACUUCCCGGGCCCGAACGGAGACGCCUCGCGCCCGCACGCAGGCCUCAACAUCGACGACCCGCUCGACGUGCAGGACAAGGCCGCCUCGCGCGAUCAGGCGUAUCUCGACGCCAUUGCCUUCGGUCCGCUGGGCAGCUCGCGCAUCCACGGCAUCCACUCGGGCCACGACCAUGCCGCUGACUGGGUAAGCAGCUGCCCGUGCGCUCUGCCGUGCGUCGGCAGCUCUGACGCGGCUCUGCGCAGUGCUCGCCAUCGACGCUCGUGACGCAUCUCGGUCAGACUGUGCCGCUUUGCAUGUCGAAGAAGUCGGGCAGCGGCGGGUACGACGAGCCAGAGUGGAGCCACGGCUCCCGGGUGCU